GCAGCUCUGGGCUAUCUGCGUGCCAACUUUGCGAACUUGAAGUAAUUUUAAUCGGCAAGAUUAGCUCGCUAAUCCGCUUGAUUCUAAGGAGAUUCACGAUAUAACCAAUUAAAUUGAUGUCGACGUAGUAUCGCACUGCAACUAGGGAUUCGUGCAGCUAACACCAACCUUUCGUUUGACUACCUAAAGCAAAGGAGCGGCUCAGAACAAUGCGAAGUGGGUAUAGACCUCAAGCGGAAUAAGAUCGGUGAGGAGAAAAGGGGAUAUAUAAACUAGGAUGAUGCCAAUCUAGUAUCAUAUAAUGACGGAGAGCAACAAAAACCCAGAAUCAAGGGAGCAUAUACCGUCGCAAACAAAAAACUCACCACCGAAAGCUCCAGAAAAAACAUGUCGCCACUCACUCGCGAACAGCUUCUCAAGGCGACCGACGUCUUCCUAGAAGCCUUCAACGAAUUCACACCAGAAUCAGUCGUGCGGCACCGCAGCCCCUCAUGUCUCCAUCGCGAGUGCCCCGCUACGCUGAAAACGCCUCCCCAGACCAACACCGACUGGGUGAAUUUCGUGAAUUUGAUGCGACCGAUCGUUCGCACAUUUCACAUAGGGCUUGUCGAAGGAGAGGAGCCGUUAAUUGAUGACGUCUCUCGGAAGGUCGCGAUGCACUUGAAGUCGCGCGCCGAGACAACUGCGGGCCUGUAUGAGAAUGAGUAUAUAUGGAUCUUCACGGUUAGUGAGGAUGGGAGUUGUAUUGAUGAUAUUUUGGAGUUUGCGGAUAGUUUGUAUACGAGCGAGUGGAUACCGAAGUUGGUUAAGGUGGCGGAGGAGGCUGCUGCUGCUAAGAAGUGAAACCGGAAGCUUAGAUGGAUUAGUUGGGGAAAAACACGAUAUUGCUUGCCUACCCAGUUAGGUAGGUAGUAUUGUCUUAGUCAAUAGCUAAAUAGCGACAUCGUCAUAUGCGCCGAGGAGGCCGUGUGAGUUAGUCGCUAUUUAGUUAGCAGGUUUGGAAUGAGGGGAACUGCACUUGGAAGGGAGGAAGGAUGAGGCACUUUAAGAUCUGACAAUCCCAGCAAACCUCUAAACAUUAUGUAAACCCAUUCGCUCAUCUCAAAAAGAGUUGAAAGAUCAUAUGAUAG